CAGAGGCAGUUCUCUCGCAGUUUAUUGAUUAUUCUCCAUCAGGAUCAGAAUCAGAAUGAAUAUCCAUCGUGUUCUGAUGUUCUGCUUCUUAUCAGCACUUUGUGAUGGAGACACCGGGCUCAUCAAUACAAACACGUUGGUCCGUGCUGAAGGAGAAAGUGUCAUGGCCGCAUGCCCCUUCACUCUCUCUGGAAGGAAGAAGUUCCUCUGUAAGGACGAAUGUAAAGCAGGAGACAUUCUCAUUGAAACCAAAGGCAGCGUAGCUCAGAGAGGCAGAUACACCAUCAAAUAUAAAGAAGGAGCUUUUCCAGUAUCUUCUACAUAUCUCUAUGUGAGCAUCACACAGCUGACCAAGUCGGACUCAGGACGCUACAGGUGUGGUUUGGAAAGACCUUUCUUACCUGAUUCAUACUGGGAGUUUGAGAUCAGGGUCACAGACGCGCCGAUUUUCCCUGAGAGCGUCAAGCAGCCUGAACAGCAGCAGCAGGCGGAGGAAGCAGCUGCAGCUACAGUUAAAGUCUCUCAUCCAGGUUACAUCCUGCCUUUGGUUUUAUUUGUCACUGUGCUGUUUGCUGCUGUUGUGUUGCUCCUCUACACGUGGAAGACGAGGAGGGAGUCUGAUGGUCGGACUACCAGGGGGCAGUCAGACCACAGAAACACGGAGUUUGCCACCCGUGAGAAGUGUGCCCCAGUCUCCCCAGCUGCAGCUGAAGCCAGUCGAGAUCGAAGCUACUGCAACCUCUAACCUUUCAUUUUUGCACAAUAACAGCAACACAUGUUGAGAAGAAGUGUUCUUCUUUAUCAUUAUUAUCUUAUAUUUUACUUCAUUGUACUUUGCAAAAAUAGCCUUAUCUUAUCUGGUUAAAAUAUUUUUCAGUAAAUUCCCAAAAUGAUGGUAAAACAGCAUCAUGUUUUAUUUUUGGCAUAUUCUGUACUU